UGUAAACGCCAAGACUCGCUACGUGCUGGUUACCGUCAUUAAACCAUCUACCCCCCGCGCCCGAAGCAAGAGCUUGUCCCGAACAGAGUUCCCUCCCACUAUCGCUUCAGCUACCACGAUAUACCUCUGACGACAUCGAACGACGACGAGAACGGAACGAAGACGGAAACAUACUAAACGAGAAUCGAACGAGAAGAAGGGGAAGCCGUAACGCAUACGUAUACGCAGCCGAGCGAACCGGUAGAGAAAGCAUAGCACCGCCAGCUCUGUAUCGAACGCUACGAUGUCCGCAGGAUUCCAUCGGAGGAGUGUUCGCGUCUCGCAACGCUCCAGACACUCCAUCAUGGGGACGGCCGACGAUGCCUACUCGUUCGCCCUUCGCACCGCUUAUCUGAACUACCUGCUCCAACCGCGCCCUAGACGUCAGGUUCCCGCGCCCGCACCUAUGCCCUUGCAUAACGUCAACCGCAUGUCCACCAUCAAUGUCCAAGACCUCGUCGCCGACUUCUCGCGCGGCCUCACCCAGCGUGAUGCGACGAAGAGUAUCCGACUGCCAAAAGAUUUCUUGCCGUUGCUGAGGAAGCGGAUCGAGAGUGUCGUGGUGGGCCGGGACACACAGGUUGAAUACAGAGAUGUGGCAGUGAAACGUACUUUCGGCUCCUUCUACAGCGCCUUUGUCGAGCCGCGCUACUACGAAACUACUUCCAAAUCCCGACGACCGGAGGACUUGCUCCUUAUCUUCUACACGCACGCGACAAAAGAGCUCCAAACGUUGAGACCCGAGGAUUGGAAGCCAUUGGUCGAUCGGCACGUAGCUCUAUUUGUCAGGUUGAUGAGCAUCAUCAUCAGAGAGCAUGGUUGGGCAUCAAGCAAUCCCGAGUUGACGACACGAUUGGCAACUCUUGAAAAGAAGCUGUUGAGACAUGACGAGAACUUGGUGGAAGAUGGUGGCAGCAACAGCCGGCGACAGAGUACAGCGACGGUUCUAGGGCCCCCGGAUCCUUUAAGCUACGACGUCAAUGAUAUGCCUAUGGUGAAGACCGUGGCAAGGGUGUUCAAUGUCCCACUCUCUACUUGUCAGGAGGAUAUCAACAAGAACAAAGCGGUGUGGACGGAAAAGGCCGCCUUCCAGGACAUGAAGUUAUACAUGAAUAAUCUCAGCUCUGGCGCUGGAGGAACACUACGGUCCGAUGAUUUUGAUCUGGACGAUGCAUACGAAGCAUGGAAGAAAGCGGAGAAGUCGGAGGUGGCCGAGUUCAUAUUGCUGAUGGGGCGGACACACCAAGAGUUGCUCCACUCGCCACUCAAUCCCAACAACCGAAUGUCGUCAUACGGUACUCCCAUCUCUGCGCGCGCAUCCAUGUACGAGGCACCUGCCGGCUACGGAUCAUCGGCGCCGGACUUGAACGGGUCGGGGUUCGAGGAUCAGGAACUUUACGCCUACAUCCCCAACGAUGCGCGCGGCUGCUACCGUCACGUUAUCAGCCGAUGCUUGACAUCCGACCUCAAUGAUCCCGAUACAGAGUUUGAGCCAAUCGAUAUCCCCGGAUCCGAUGAACCAGUGAGAUUGAUGUCAAAAGCCUCUAUGGAUCUUCUGAGCCAAUGUGCCCUUCGGUGGCGGUUGCCCAAAUACUCGAGGAUGAUACUAUUCUUAGAUUCCCUCCGUACGAAAUACCAGGAGGGGGAAGUUGGGCUACCUAUGCUGGAGCACGCGUUCAUGUACUUUGAUAAAGAACUCGCUGAUAGCCAUUGGACAACCUGGACAAUCACGGACCAGAACCUUUACAGUCAGAUGUUGUCUACCAUACACGACUUUAUCCUGCGUGAAAUGUACGAUAUCUUGCAGCAUGCAUAUGAUAAAAAAGCGAUUCCAAUCGGACCGGUUAUGUGGGUUCUCGACCAGUACAUAUACAACAACGAGCAGUUUACACCACCCAACAUGGACAGUUACUACGAGCAACUAAAGGAAGGCUUGAGGAGUAGGGCGGCGGCGGUGCUGCAGGAAAUUGUACACGAGGAGAUUAUGGUGAAACGGGAGACUGAGCGAUUGGAUCCGCUCCAUGUAGUCACCUUCGCCCAACGGGUCACGAAGCUGGGUGAGCGGAUUCAGAAGAGGUUCAAGGAGCCAAUUAUGGGCGAGGUCGAUCCAAUCACCAUAUUCGUACAGGUCGUCUUUCCGCAGUUUGCCAUUGAAGCCGAACAGGUCGUCCAAGAGAUCAUGCAGAUGUACCAAGAUGAAGGGGAAGAGAUGUCGAUUGAAGACGGAUUCGAACUGUACAAGGAAUUGUCCGAAAUUCGGCGGAUAUAUAAGUCCGUCUUCCCGAAAGGAGCGUGGCCGGUCAAUCUUGAGGAUCUUUUCAUCCCGUUCCCCAAGCGAUGGCUCCAGACUGUUGACUCGAAGGUCGUUGGCUGGGUCGAAGCGGCUAUCAAAGAAGAUACCAAUAUGCAUCACUGGCCGGAAGGACAAGAGAUGGGCAAUGAAAGACAUACAAGUUCGGCGGUGGACAUUUUCCGGUCAUUCAACCAGUCGAUCGACUCAGUCAAGAAACUGGAAUGGGGGGACGACUUUCAAUAUGCCAAGUUUAUGACCGUCAUGGCAAAGAUCUUGGGCAAGGGCAUCAACCGUUAUUGUUCCGAACUGGAAUACGUGUUUACCUUUGAGAUGGGCAAGAAAACUCCAGAAGAAGAAGCUGCAGCGCUCCAGAGCAGACAGCAGAGAUGGGUAUCGCUUGCGAAGGAGGCUUGGGCCAACAAGGAGAAGAUUGAACCGUAUCAGUUCGCCCCAGAGUCGUGUCUAAAACUCAACAACAUCGAAUUCGCGAUCGACCAGUUCGAUAAGCUGGAGCAAUCGGUUAACGCUGACGCGUUGGCAGAGAUUAUAGCCCAAAACGAAACACCCCGGGCCCGAGACAAGAAGGAUACCUACGUUUUUACUAUUAAGAUCAUGGAGGCAGAGGAUCUGAAAGCGAUGGAUAUUGGCGGGGGUAGCGACCCAUACGUCGUGUUGGGUGACGAGUACCAGAAGAGACUGGCCAAGACGAGGAUCGUCUAUAACAAUUUGAACCCGCGGUGGGAGGAAUCGUUCGAUAUCACCACUCAGGGUUCGAUUCUUUUGGUAGCGACUCUGUGGGAUUGGGAUACUAUGGGUGAUCAUGAUUGUUUGGGCCGUGCAAGCCUCAAGCUGGACCCGACGAAUUUCAUGGACUACAUGCCGAAGGAAUAUUGGUUGGACUUGGAUACUCAAGGACGACUUUUGUUGCGGAUAAGUAUGGAGGGCGAGAGAGAUGAUAUCCAGUUUCAUUUCGGAAAAGCGUUCCGCAAUCUGAAGCGAACCGAGCGAGAUAUGACUAGACAGAUCACCGAUAAGCUGUCUGCAUACAUCCACUACUGUCUAUCCCGGAACGCCCUGAAGAAUGUUCUCUCAAAGGGAUACAACAUCUCGGCAGUGUCUGGUCUGUUCAGUCGGGCCGGAUUCGGAGCAAGGCCGGCAUCCACGCAAUCACAGCCCAUCACCGAAGCUGAUAUUGCCGCCGCCCUCACACCGUUGACGGACUAUUUCAAUGAGAACUUCGCGAUCCUGAACCAGACGCUCACCCCAUCGGCGAUGAAAUUGGUUAUGACCAAGCUGUGGAAAGAAGUACUGGUCACCCUCGAAUCGCUACUCGUGCCGACGCUUUCGGACAAGCCGUCGCUGCAGCGACAGUUGACGCCCCAAGAGAUGGAAGUGGUUUUCAAAUGGCUUCAGCUGAUGCUCGACUUCUUCCACGCCGUUGACGACCAGACGGGUGAGGCCACAGGUGUUCCUCUGAACGACCUCAAAUCUCCCAAAUACCACGAGCUGCAAUCACUCAACUUCUUCUACUUUGAACCAACCAUCGACUUGAUCCGCAACAGUGAGCGUAUCGGCAACGCCGAGGCGGCCAAGCAACAGGCUCUACGACAGAAACUCAUGACCGGCGGCUCUUCCUCUUCAUCGUCCUCACUCGGCGUCCCAGGCGUCUCGAGAUCAAAGAGUGUGCUGAAUAAACGCAAUCUGGGAACUAUGCGCAAAGCCAAGGAGGAGAAGUGGCGAGAAGCCCAGGCCGAACCGAACGACGACAUGAUCCUGCGAAUUCUACGGAUGCGACCCGAGGCAUCGGGGUAUCUCAAGGAUCGCGCCAAGCAGAAGGAGAGAAUCGAGAGUAUCGCGGCUAUGGAUGCGAUCGUUGCAAAGAGUGUCCAGCAGGGGCCGGGAAGAAUGGGGAGGUUGGAUAGUUUUGGGAGGCGUUAGAUGUUUUUUGAUUUUGUUUGUGCGUUGCGUUUCUUGAACCGGUUUUUGUGAUGGUAUUUUGGUCGUAGUAUCCAUGCCGACUGGGUCUAUUUUCUUCGGUCAUGUGCGUGUUGGGUUUGGGUAUUGAUAUAUCAUGCUGCUCUGUUUGCUUGGGGGUUGGCUGCUUUGCUUGGUGGCUUUUUGUCGGAAGGAUGAAAUAUGUUGUUGCUUGCUUGUUUGUCUGCUUCUCUUCUUGUUAUACCUACACUGUUUUGUGUUUUGUGUUUGCGCUGUUGAUGGUGAUGAUAAUGGUGACAAUAAUGGUGGUGAUACUAUAAUGAAGAUAUACGCUGAUGAUUGAGCCGAAGCAAAUCAUAUUAUGGAC